AUUGAAUUAUAUCAUACGUUUGGAACUGGAUUUGGAGGAAAGUUUAAUUUCAUUUCAGAAUUAAGCACUGCAAACUGAUAAGGUUUCUGUGAUUUGAUGCACUGCAUUCAAUUCUCUAGUUAACAAAUAUAUAUUUCUUUCAUUUCAAGGGAGGAAUCUUGUUUCCAAAGAAGUUAUAUGAAUGAACAGAUAUGUGGUAAACGUGUCAAUGUGGUAUUGGUACUGGACUUUACAAUCCUUUUGUUAUACUAAAUUAUUUUCGAAGGUCUACAUAUGAUGUAAAGUAUGAAUAUAUACAUGUUUUAUUAUAUAUUUUGAAGUUAUAUGGUUGGUUAAGUUAUCAAGAAUGUCUUUGUGGACAUUUUGUUCUUUAAUUUGGAAUACCUAACCUUAAUAAUAAGAUCCCAAAAAUGAAGUGAACUGAUCCGCAUGCAUGAACCUCAAUAAACUUCCAUAAAAUGGAAUUUGAUGAAACAAAACUCUUCAUUAUUUUUGGUUGAGUUGAUGACUUUAUUUGUUUUCUUUAUUAGAUGGUUGAAAUCUUAAAUUACAGUAUCUGAAUCUCAUUACUAUACAUGUAUGGCUAAUUUGAUGUGACAUGGCUAAAGUCUCAUUAAGAAAGCAUUAAUUGAUUUAUUCGAUGUAAAAAUAAUUGGUUUUUCUAUGUAAAAAAUUGAUUUUGUGUAAAAACCAGUUUUUCAGUGUAAAAACUGGUUUUUAUUCUAAAACCGGUUUUUUUAUAUAAAAAUCGGUUAUUUUUUUAAAACCAGUUUUUAUUUUUAUAACCGGUUAAAAAUUGGUUUUUAAAUUUCCUAACCAGUUAAUAACCGGUUUUGUUAUGUAAAACUGGUUUAGUUAAUUAACCUAAACUAAAUAUUCCAAAAACAGGUUUGGUUUUUGGUUUAACCAUAACCAUCUACAGCCCUAAAUAUAUGGGGGUUUUGAAAUGGAAAAAUGGGAUUUACACCUGGUUUUCUUUUUCUCUGGUGUGGAACAACUAAUUUGUCUAUAUGCACAUUGAUGAUCAUGCUAGGCGCUUCAAUUGAAUUUUUGGUUGGUGGAGUUAACUCAGAUUAGAUUAUAUGAUAUGUUAUGGCACUGCAAUGCAAGGCUUCUGGGAAGGAUUACUAAUCAUGCUGUCCUUUUAGCUGUUCUAAUUUUAUUAGCUCCACACCACCUUUUUUUUGUCACUUUGUGUCCUUUUUUCUUUGUGUAGCAUUUUGAUUUGGCAGUGUUAUUACUUACUAGGUUGAAGAAUUGACUGGACAAUUAGUGUGAUCAAGGGAAUGGGAAGGAAGGAAUAAAGAAAGAAACGAAACAAACAUUUCUUUCCCGUAGCCCGCAGCCACAGCAUCCCCCGCAGCCCUGCUCGUUGUCAUCGCAACUCUUCUCCGCUGGGUAUAGGUGUCGUGUGUGGAAGCUCUGUCAUAGUCUCCUCUGUUCGAGCUCUCUCUCUCUCUCUCUCUCUGUUCGCUUGUGUCGCCGUCUCCUCUGUCGUUGCCGUCACUCCCCUUCCUCCUCACCGCCGCCUCAGCGAUGCAUCAAGAGCAUGCGGCAGCAGCAGGGCAUGCGACUCGAUGACAAAUACGUUCCGUACUUGCAGAUGGUCGGACUAUACCAUCUUGCAAGGCUGAACGAUAGAUGGUUCCGGUUAGAUGAGACCCUUGUCAGUGCCUUCGUCGAGCGAUGGCGUCCGGAGACGCACACGUUUCAUAUGCCGUUCGGAGAGUGCACGAUCACACUUCAGGACGUGGCAUACCAGUUGGGUUUGCCAGUGGACGGGCGUUACGUGAGCGGCUGCCUAUCGGAGUUCCAGAUAUACAUCCAGGGUGGCCGUCCAGCCUGGGUGUGGUUCCAGGAGUUGCUUGGAGUGACUCCUCCUCCCAACCAGGUUCAGAAGUACGCAGUGAACUGCAGCUGGUUCCAGGAGACCUUUGGGGAGUGCCCCGAGGGAGCCGAUGACGAGACUGUGCGGUGAUAUGCCCGUGCGUACAUCAUGAUGUUGUUGGGUACGCAGCUGUUUACCGACAAGUCCGUCAACCGCAUUCACAUCAGAUGGCUUCCCUACGUAGCUAGGCUGGAGGAGAUGGGUACCUACAACUGGGGUUCUGCAGCAGUGGCAUGGUUGUACCGGUGCAUGUGUCGAGUGGCGAACAGAAAUGUGGUCAAGUUAGCGGGCCCACUUCAGCUACUUCAGUCUUGGAUCUUCUGACGAUUUCCUCGGUUUAGGCCUACAUGGUAUGAGACGUUCAGCUGGCCAUUGGCCUCGAGGUGGUCAGGUUACAACACUUUCGGUAGCGAGAAGGGUCCUAGGGUGUAGAUGUGGAGGCUGAGGAUAGAUCGGUUACAGGACAGGGAAUUUAUCUGGAUGCCGUACAACAGCCCCGACGUACUUCAGGUUGUGCAUCCAGAGGCUUUGGAGCCUCGGCAUAUGGCGUUGUGGCGGUCUGUGACGUCGCUGAUCUACUUUGCCGUUAUAGAGUGGCAUCAGAUAGAUAGGGUUCUUCCGCAGUUCGGAGGGGUGCAGCCCUGUCCGCAUCCCGCCCUAAACAUCGACUUUCUAAUGUCGAAGGAUGGCAAAGGCGGCGAUCGAUGGUUCCCGUACCAUUUGCAAAAAUGGCAUCUCCAUUGGGACUCCCGUGCGGAGACCGUGCUGAGGUUCGAUAUUGUUGCCGACCCUGGAUCGUCGCAUGAGUUCCUGGAGUGGUGGAGUCAGCAUGGAAAGAGGUUCUUGUCUCCGGAGAUGCACUUGGAGGAUCCGAAAGCCGUUCCUAUUCCAGUUGAGGCGUCACAGCGGGGUGCUGGGCGGGUUCCUGACAUGGAUCGUCCUGAGGACGUGCCGGACAGGCGGUGGGUUGAGAGGAGAGCUCGUGUGGGGACACGACGGAGCCAGUGUGAGUGGAGGUGGCUUGAUCAGGCUAUGGACGAUGUUGACGAUGCCGGUCCCGCUGGAGGCGGACGACGAGGCCAGGGAGGGAAACGGAAAGCGCGUGGUGCGGCGGACCACCCUGGUCGUGACCCUGACGACGAUCAGCAUGAGCCCGUGGGCGAGGAUGGUGCAGCGGCUGUUGCAGUUGCUGGUGUUAGUACCCAUGAUGGAGGACAUGGAGGUGAGUGGUAUGGGUCAGGUGUGGGUGACGGGGCUGACCGUGGUGACGCUGGACUUGGGUCGGGGCCUCUUGGAGAUUACUUCGUUGGUGUACCCGCCCAUGACCAGACUCAGAAGGAGGGUACCCCAUGGGUUAUUCCGGGAUCAUAGUGGUCAGACUUUCUUGCCUCAGAUACGCUUGAUGCGGACUUCGGGGGUCAACAGUUUCUAGAGGAGAUUACCGCCAUUAUGCAGGAGGACGUGCCGCCCCGGAAGCGUGGUCAGACCUCCGGCACGCAGGCACCUUUAGAUGUUGAUCUAAACGAGCCUCCUAUGGCUUCUGUUGGUGACCAUUUUGGUUUGGGAGGUACCCCACCAUCCGUCUACACUGCUGCAUCAGAGUUUGUUGCCGGCCGUCUGCGGCACCCGUUCAUUUUACACCACCUACCCAGCCUUCCCCGGAUGAGGAGUCAGAUGAGAUCGAGGAUGAGGAGCCGCUUAUCCGCAGAGGUCAGAGGCCACGGGUACCCCGUCGUUGCUUUACGGGCUCGUAUCUGUUUAGAUGAUUCAUGUUUCAUGUAUGAUAGUCAUGUGUACUUUUGUUAUUUUAGAGCUGUUUUCCUUUGUUGUUUGUUCAUCGUAUUGUACUUUGAAAAUGGGUGUUUACUGGAUUUAUCAGUGACUAUUUAUAAUCAUCGCAUCGUAUUACAGUUUAAACUAUUUAGGGUGUUUACUGGAUUUACCCUAAAUGCAAAAUUUAAUAAAUAAAUGUACAUAUUAAACUGUAAUACGAUGCGAUGAUUAUAAAUAGUCACUGAUAAAUCCAGUAAACACCCGUUUUCAAAGUACAAUACGAUGAACAAACAACAAAGGAAAACAGCUCUAAAAUAACAACAAAAGUACACAUGGCUAUCAUACAUGAAUGAACCCUAAGGAACAAAAUACAUGAAACGUGAAUCAUCUAAACAGAUGCGAGCCCAUAAAGCAACGACGGGGUACCCGUGGCCUCUGACCUCUGCGGAUAAGCGGUUCUUCAUCCUCGAUCUCAUCCGACUCCUCAUCCGGAGAAGGCUGGGCAGGUGGUGUAAAAUGGACGGGUGCCGCAGACGGUCCGGCAACAGACUGAGAUACAGCAGUGUAGGCGGAUGGUGGGGUACCUCCCAAACCAAAAUGGUCACCAACAGAGGCCGUAGGAGGCUCGUUCAGAUCAACAUCUAAAGGUGCCUGCGUGCCGGAGGUCUGACCACGCCUCCGGGGCGGCACGUCCUCCUGCAUGAUGGCGGUAAUCUCCUCUAGAAACUGUUGACCCCCGAAGUCCGCAUCAAGCGUAUCUGAGGCAAG